UCAUUCAGACAUCAACAGACGACAGAUAGAGAAGGGGCCGGGCGGUUCGUUCGUUUCCUUGUUUUCGUACCUCCCAUCCCUAAUACCCCUGCCUCCAAAGUCCAAAAUCCAAUAUCUUGAGAGAUAUCCCUUGAUUCCACUUAGAUCAUACACGAAGCCAGCAUGGUCUCCCCAGACACCAUCCGGACGGCCAUCGGCGUCGUAGGGAAUGGAACUGCACUGGUGCUCUUUCUCUCCCCAGUGCCGACGUUCUACCGCAUCUGGAAGAAGAGGUCAGUGGAGCAGUACUCGGCGGUGCCGUACCUGGCGACGCUGCUCAACUGCAUGAUAUGGGUGCUGUACGGGCUGCCCCUGGUGCACCCCAACAGCAUGCUCGUCAUUACCAUCAACGGCACCGGCAUGGCCAUCGAGCUCGCCUACGUCGCGCUCUUCCUCGCCUGCUCCGCCGGCGCCGCCCGCCGCCGGGUGCUCCUCAUCCUCGUCGCCGAGGUCGCCUUCGUCGCCGCCGUCGCCGCGCUCGUCCUCGCCCUCGCGCACACCUACGAGCGCCGGUCCAUGGUCGUCGGCAUCCUCGGCGUCCUCUUCGGCACCGGCAUGUACGCCGCCCCGCUCUCCGUCAUGAAAAUGGUGAUCCAGACAAAGAGCGUGGAGUACAUGCCUCUGUUUCUGUCCCUGGCCUCGCUCGUCAAUGGCAUCUGCUGGACUGCGUAUGCGCUCAUCCGCUUCGACCUAUACAUCACCAUCCCCAAUGGGCUGGGCGUGAUGUUCGCCGUGGGGCAGGUGAUCCUGUACGCUAUCUACUACAAGUCGACGCAGCAGAUCCUGGAGGCACGCAAGCGCAAGACCGACCAGGUGGCCAUGACCGAGGUCGUCGUCGACGCCAAGAACUCAGGCGCUGGAAACGGCAACUACUUAUAGAUGCAACAAUUAAUUGACUUGAAAAAGCCCCUUUGCGGAUGAUGUACCGUCGGUUUGGUCUCGUACGUGUAACCUAAAAGGAUCAUCGAUCUGUCAUCUUCUUGUUUUUUUUAAAUAUGUAGUGUGUGUAUGGCAGCCACUCUCAGCUUGAGACGGCUAGCCUGAUGAGUGUCCGAUCUCCGGUGUUCUUGAUUUUCUUAGAAGAACAAGGAGAGUCCAACGGGAGCUAGCUGCUUGUUGAAUUUUUCUUACAUAUUGUACUGAUUUGUUGUUGUGAGCAUCAUCUAUCUGACUAUCUACUUUUGUGUAUCAAGAUUUUGGGUCAGUUUAUCAA